AUGGCAGACAUGAUCUCGGCCUCAUACGGGGUGCGUUCUCGUCGCUCCGGAUGGGAGGGGCGUUCCCGUCGCUCCGUAUUCGGCAUCGGUUCUCGUCGCUCCGUAGGAGAGGAGCUUUCUCGUCGCUCCGAAAUGGUGUCCUGUUCUCGUCGCUCCGUAGAGUUGGAUGAAGAUGGUUUUGCCGCCAUUCAGACUGCCCCAACAGGCCGUCAACACGCUCAGCAAUCAGAGCCUCGUUGGCAGACUAGUAUGCAUUUGCCAGCUAGCAAUGUGCUUAUCGACGGCAAUGUUAUAGUCGAGAGUGUCCCUACGUCGACGAUGCCAAACAGAACCCAGUCAGCAGCUCGUGUAGUGCCGAAGGAGCCUGUCUUUGAGCCAACCGCUCGUACCGCCGUCGAGGCGAAGCACGAACCGCGCCUAAAUGCCCUGAUGAAUCGAGAGCCGGACCCAGAGGAGAACAACCCAGAGUAG